AUGCCUCGCAAGUACGUGCGCAAAGUGGGGGCAAGCCCUCGGGGCGAAUGGACGGAAGAUGCGCUACGAGAAGCUUUUGAAGAAAUAAGGCAGAAUAAGUAUGGCUUGAAUGAAAUAUCUCAAAGUUUCUUUGCAAUCUCCGAUUUGUCAUCAAUCAAUCAACUCCGUGAUGAGCCACAAGAUAUCUUACCUGAAAAUACGUUACAAUUACCUGGUCCCUCAUGUAGCAAUCAGUUGUUGCCAGAAUCAAACUGCAACGAGGUUUCAGCUUUGGCUGAAACUCAAACUUCUACACUAACAAAUGUUGAUCAAACGCAUGAUAAUUGUGGAAGUCAUGAUACAACGAGAAAGGAUUCUCCAUCUCUUCUUUCCCAAUCUCAUUGUCUGCAGCGAAAUGAAGAAGGCGUAAGGGAGACACCUAGCAAGUUUUUGCAAGAAUGUUCCCCUGUACCGAAAAUUCCGAUACCUUUAUACAAAAGAGGAAAACAAUCAGCUGCAGUACUAAAUUCCAAAGAAAACAUAGCUAAUAAGAAAAUCAAAGGUAAAGCUACUCCUAACAUACCAUGCAAAAGUAGUAAAGUAAAAGGACCAAAGAUGACAGAAAAAAGGCCAAGAGUAGCUUCAGAAGAGACAGAUUCAUCUGCCACAAAUGAUUCUGAUGAAUUUUUCCAAGAAAAUUAA